ACCAGCAGCUCACUUGAGCGGAAAUGAGUAAUGUUUAGUUGGAGCGGUUUGUUUAGUUACAAAGAGCAGAUACAGAUUGUACAAGAGAGAAGAAAAAAAAAAACCUCAGCAGGAUCUGGACAGUCUCUUCUCUCCACCUCCUCAAUGCUUCACCCCUGGCUGCCCUCUCUUUAGACGAGUUUUCGUUUAGCUUUUUCUCUCGCAUCACUACUCUCCAGUGCGUGGACAUGGGUUUCAGAGGCUUCAUUGUUCUGGUUGUGUUAAUGGGAAUGAGGGGGAGUCCCACUGGAGCAGUGAGCCUGAAGGACGAGUCGGCCCAUCCAAACUUUGUCACUAGAGAACAGAAAGAUCUGACAGUGGAGGAGGGAAGGGGGGAUGUAAUGGCAACUGGCGAGCUGAACCCCAGUCAUUUUCCUGCACGAAGGGCGGCAAAGGUUGUCCAGCACUACCUGAACACUCGCUACGGCUCCCCAUACAGGCUGUUUGGUCUGGAGGACGUUCACAGUGCCACUGCGGAGGAUGUGGCCGACACUGGAAGAAGGUACCACCUCCAGAUCUCAGCGCAUGAAAUUAUCAGCAACAGGACGCAGAAGUGCUCAGCAGAUGUCUUCUUUCCGCGGGGAGAGCCAACACAAUCACCAGAGGUGAAGGCUUCCUGUGAAGAGCUCCUACAAAACACCACAGCUCAAGAGGAAGCCUUAUACCAGAGGUACAAGGAGGGCCACAGCCUGCUGUCUGCACAGUACAUACCUGACAGCCAGGGCCACAUUGAGCCUGACAUGAUGCCCUUCUGGCACCUCAGCAUCGUGGCUUCCAGCUUCAUCAUGCUACAUGAAUCCACAGAAAACACUCUGUACAACAUGGCUCAGGUGGCCCAGAUCACACAGCUGGAAACUGAAAGAGAGGAGCUAAAGUUUGACUCCCACAUGUUGCUGCAUGACAUGGUGUCUCAGGAAAUUCUCCACUGGAAGCUGCUUUUCACAUGGUCUCCUGCAGAGGGCGUUAAAGUGCAGCAGAUGCAGCAGAUACCGAAGCCGAAUCACUGAAUGUUAAAAAGUUAAACUCCAAGUACAAACAUACUGCUGGUAUUCACCAUGUUGCCAUGACACUAUUUUGUACUCUUUUUACUGCUUUAUGAUUGUAUUUAGAGAGAGGGUAGAAAAACAAAAGGGAGAUUUGUCCCGACGACUGAAAUGUAUGCUUAAUAAAUUCCAUGAAACGUU